ACCACCAAAACCAACGGUAGACCAUUAUACCCCAGAACUAGAAACCACUAAGGUGCAGGACUCCGCUAGGAAAGACAGAGUUGUUAAAGGAGAAGACGAUCUUCAUUUUAAAGAAAGGGAACAAAUGUUAAAAGAAACCAAAGACCUGACAGAGAUGGUAACAACUGAGGAUCAACAACACAUAGUUCCUAAAGCUGAAAAGAUAAAAACAGGAAAGGAACAGACUGAAAGAAAAGCAUCAACUACUCCUGUUAUUAAAUCAUUGACAGAACCAGAUCCCCCCAAGAGAAAAGAGCCAAUGUUAGCCCAAACCGAAGAGCUUAAAGACGCUCAGUUAAAACGGGUCACAAGUAAACGUCAAACAUCUAAAAUUAAAAAAGGAAAAGAAGACUUUUUGUCAGAAACGUCUCAAAUAGAAGAAGUUCCACUGAAAUCUGAAGUUGAAGUUCAGUCAGAGGUCAGAGGAGAUGAAAUUAACAAAGUUACAGACGCAUUUAUUCCCACGGAAGAGCAGAAAACAAAGAAAACUGUAUUUAAAAAGCUUCCAAUUGAGCAGAAAGAAAAGCAGGAACAGCAGCAAUCAAUCAAAGGUAAAUCUGACGAUGUCCAGUCAAAGAUUCAGGAGGAAACUGUUGAAGACACUUUUAUUAACGUAACAGAGCUAGAAAGAACUGAAAGAACAUCCUCAAUCUCUCCAACAAUCAAAAUAACUCAUAAAGAGUCACUGAAAGCAGGAGAUGGUUCAGAAACUGCUAAAGUUGUUCCCAGUGAGACAAGUCAGAAACAACUUCAUCCAGUGAUGGACACCACUUCAUCAAAGCCAGAUAUCAAUAUUAAACCUAGUAGAACGGCUGAAAUCCCAGCAGAGGAUGAGAGCUCAGAAAACAUUCCACUAAAAGACAAAGUAGCUCAGAAGGAAACAAGACAGAAUCGAGACAAAAUUGACAAGAUUAAAAUCAAAGAAGUUCAGUCGAAGACAGACGAGCAAAGAGAUAAACUCUCUCCAAAUGUUCAGCCAAAGAUCGUCAAAGCUGAGGACAAAAUCCCUAAAGUUUCUAAAACUGAAGAACAGAAGCAGCGUGAAAGAAAGGCCAAAACUGUUGAAUCAGAAUAUCCACAAGAACCACAACAGAAAUUCGCCAAACCUCAAGAGAUUCUUGUUGAACAAGACCAGCAAAAUGUCAGCAGAGUUAAAGAUAAAACCUUUAAAGUUACUUCUAUCAAAGAAACGAAACCGGAACAGAUCGAAAGGAAGGUUUCAGUUCAGCCUUUCACGGAGGAAACUUCUGAAGAACUGGAAGUAGCUCCUAAAAAACAUGCAGAAAACCAAGAAAGUGAAUAUGUAACAGCUAAUAAGGAAACUGAAGAGUCAGAGAGUAUUUCUCAGGAAGAAUCAAUAUCUCUGAAGGAGAGACGACAAAUGUUAAGCAAAACUAAAGAAGCUGCAGACGAACAAAUCCAAUCACAGUCGGUCACAGUUGAGAAUAAAAUUGUAAAAGUGACUCCUAUUGAAGAUGGGACACCAAAAAUAGCUGAACAACUUAUUGAAAGAAAAGUCUCAGGUGCGUCUGAGGUUGAGGUACAAGUACCACACACAAAACAUUUGGUGGAGCAAGAUACUCAAAAAACAGGAAAGGAGGGAAUUCCUAAGUCUGAAGCAAGAUACUCAAAGGAAGAAACACAAAAGAUAAAGAGAUUACAGAAGUUACCAAAGACUGGAGAUAAAAUAGAGGAAGAAUUCCAGACAGGUGUCCUGAUUAAAGAGCAAACACCUCUGACUGAAGACGAGAACACAAAACAGGAACAGGAGUAUCUGUUGAGGCAAACUGAGCCUGAAGAAACCGUUAAAGGUGAUAUGUCAGUUUCUCUUAAGAAAGAUGAAGCUCAAAAGGAUAAAAGGCCAAAGUCAGCCGAAUCUAAAGAGAUUACAGUUAAAGAAGUCCAGGCGAGGACAGUCACAGUUACAGAAGAAUACGGGAAUGUUACACCUUUAGAGGCCACAAAUGUCCAACAGGAACAAGCUGAAAUAAUGAGCUCAGUGGUACCUGCGGUGAAGGAUGCAGCUAAAAAACAUCUAACAAUAAAAGAUGAUGAUGUUAAAACAAAUAUUCCACAACAGAUGAUCUCAGCUGAUGAUGUGGUCAAAGACGUUUCUUUAAGAAAAGAAAAAGAGGUAGAAGGAGAAAUCGGGUCCAAAUUAAUCUCAGCUCAAAGUAAAAGACAAAAAGUGUCUCCCAUUGGAAAGAAGACACUAAAAAGACGAGAACAAAUUGAAAUCACAGCCUCAUCCACUACUGAGCCUGAAGUAACAUAUGAAAAGUCUGAUGUUCCAGAAAAAUAUGCUGAAACUAAAAGGACUGAUGAAGACAAAGACACAGGAAAGAGGGAUGUCAGUGAAUUUGAAACCACUCAUCCAAAGAAAGAAAAAACACUGACCAAGAGAGAAGAGAAGUCAACAAAGACAGUCAAAGAAAUUCAGCCAAUAAGAGAUUCAAAGAAAGACAAAACAGACAAAAUAGUGGAAAGAUCUCCGAUUGAUAAAGAUGGAGAUUCUUUAUCAGAUCCUUCCAAACAGAUUCCAGUUAAACAAGCCAAGAACAAGGAAGACAUAGUUAAAGACAAACGAGAGAAAAGUGAAGGUAAAAGAAGUGUUUCAGGUGCAGCUCAACCAGAAGUAACACAUGAACACACUUUGAUAGAUAAACAUCCAGUAACAGACCAAACCAGCACAGUUCUUCCAGCUGAAGAGAUGGAAACCAGACACACACAAAUACAAACAAAGACAGCACUUUGUCCUGUAAUGAAGGGAAAAGAUUUAGAAGACAUUUCACAAAAGAAAGAAGAAACCAAAACAGAGAAACUGCUGAUGUUUGACAAGACAUCUAUUGAGGAUAUCCAGACAGAGAAAUCCCUAAGAGAGAAAGGACAGAGGUCAGACAAAGUUACAAGAAUUCCCCUUAAAGAAGUGCAGUCCGAGACGGUUACGGUUAAAGAUGAAUAUGAAAGUGUUGCUCCAAUAAACGUUAUGGAAACAAAACAGGAACAAGUCCAACAAACAGCUUCAAUUGCAGCUGUGAUGGACGUUGCAUCUGAAAAACAUCUCAUAGUUAAAGAGGGAGACGUCAAAUCAGACACUCUCCAAAGAUUCAUGUCACCUGAAAAGCUCGUAAAAGACAUUGCAUCAAAGAAAGAGGACAUUUAUGAAUCCAGUGAGGUUCUUCUAGUAAAACAUUCACAAAGUCCAGAGUCCUCCAAGAAAAGUGUGGAAGUUUUAGCAGAAAAGCAAAAGAUAACAGAUAAAACUGACAGAAUUAAAUUUGUUGACGAUACAAUGCCAUCAAAACAGAAACAAACUCAACAAAAUACUCAGGAAAUAUUAGGAGAAGAUGCUAAAACAGAGGUGGUUGUCCGAGACCAUCCACGAAAACAUGAGGAAGUUAGAUAUGAUCGGACAAAGAAAGCGGACUCUCUGAAGGACCAUGGAAAGGUUACGGUGGAAGGUGUUCAGUCGAAAACAGACACCGUUAAAGAUGCUUUCCUCACCGUUUCUCCAAAUGUAGAAACAAAGCAGGAACAAAUAGAAAGAAAUGCUUCAAGGACACCUGUGAUGGAUGUUGCACAUACAAAACCAUUGAUUGUGAAAGAACAAGAUAUUAUAUUAGAAACUCCACAAAAGUAUAUUUCCCCUGACGAUCUAUUUAAAGACAUUCCAUCAAGGAAAACGGAGGCGUACGAAUCUGAGGAUGUAAAGAAAGACAAAUCCAGACUGAAGCUGGAUCAAGCUGAAGCAUUUAAAGUAGGAGAAAGCAAGUCAAAGGUGGAAAUACUCGGUGAGAAGACAACCAAAGUCUUACCAGAGUCCACUGCUAAAGCUUUACAACGAGGCCAAGAUACUGCAGUCAAAGUUAUCGGAGAUACUCAAACAGAGAUUCUAAGAAAAACUUUGCGUGAACGGGAUGAAACUGACACUAUUACAGAAGGAGAAGUCCAGUCAACGAUAGUAAGCACUACAGUUAGUUUUACUGAAGGAACACAAAUAAAGAUGGAACACAUUAAAAGCAAAUCUGAGGUGACAUCCAGAGAAUCACUGAUAGCAGAUGACAGGACAGAAAAAUGUACCAAAAGAGAAAUUCUCAAAGACAGAAUCACAAAAAGAGAUCAAAUUAAAACAAUGUCAGCUGAACAAGACUUUAAAGAUGAAGAAGAACGGCCAAAAACAAUCACUGCCAAAGUUUCUUCUGUAGAAGAAAUGAAAGUUAAAAGGUCGCUGUUGGAGGAAGAUGCUUUGGAAAGACAACUGACACUGGUUAAAUCCAAAGAAAUUAAGACAGAAACCAUUUUAGGAAAAGACAAAAUCAUCAAAGAGGUUCAAGAAAAAGAAGAGAUAAAAGCCACUGGACAGCAACAAAUCAAAGGAGAUUGGUUAGUUGUACCCAGGAAAAGGAAUGAAAUGUAUCAAGAGACAGUUGAAGUGAAGGUUUCUGACAAAAACAUACCUUCAUCAACAGAAUCAAAAUCAGAUAUUGAUCUAAAGCCUACAGUCAGAGAACCGUCAGUAACAGGUAAAACCAAACUAAAGACUACGGACUCUCCAGAAUACGAACAAGUUGCCGCCAGGAAACAGGAACCAGAAGUCGAGCGGAGUCUGAAAGCAGACAUCCGAUCCUUCCCUCCUCAGGAGGCUGAAACCAUCAGCAGCAGGAAGGGAGAAGCUCAGGGGCUUCAGUCCAUCAUAGAAACCAGGGUUUUGUCUUUGGAACCAGAAGGUGUCGCCCUUCAAGACUCUUCCAGAGGUAUAGAAGGGAAAUCUGUUAUGUGUCACCGAGCACGUGUUUUUGAUCUGAGCACCAAACAUCGUUGUGCACCUCCUCGUUUUUUCACCCUCUUAAGGAUUUCUUAGAUUCAUACCUCUUUUAAGUGGACAUCAUGUCAUAUCACCCAUUGUGUUUGGGCACUGUGAAGAACCACCAUGCCAUCAACUGAGACGGUCUCUCUUGGCUUCUUAUCACCUGAUAUCUAAACCACCACAGCUUCAUGUUGGAGUUUUCUCAUCGCUCUUUCUAAUUCUGUUGUUUGUUGUGUCUGUUAUGUUUCACUGUACCUGUGUGUAUCCAGAUAGAAUGUUAUGCACGGAUGAGGUGAGAAGCCUCUUCCAUCUUUAAACUUCCAACUUGUGUUUGUUUCCAUCGUUUGUUUUUGUCUUUGCAUGGUUCAGUGCUCACCCCAUCCGUCUUAAUGAGAUUCUGAUUGUCAUAUCA